CAUCCGAGAUGCACUAACAAUAAUAUUUAUCGUAAACAUCCCUUUGGGCUGUAGUGGGUGGAGCCAGCGUUACAUAAAUCAGACACACCUGGCUGGCUCCGACACUGCUCUUGUCUCCUUGAUCAGAUGAAGGGCCAGACUUGUUUUCUGGUGGCUUUCUUUACAGCCACCUUCCUGGUGGAUGUUUUGGGAUAUUCGACUGGGGGAGUUAGCGAGGUGUGUGAAUCUAUGCUUCCUAACCAUGGGGCCGGUCCACAAUCAUCUGUUGUUCCAUAUAGAAUCACUACAAAUACCUCCACCUUUACGCCAGGGGAUAUAAUCCAAGUGACACUGGAUGGCAUUUCGGGUGGAUCCUUCAAAGGAUUUUUGCUGGAAGCUCGUACUCAGUCUUCCACAAUACCACGUGGCACUUUCAAGGCAACAGAUUCUCGCGUUCAACUCCUGACCUGUAAUGUUGGUGGGAAUCCCUACGAGGACUCUGCCGUAAGUCACACGUCAAGCAAUGACAAAGCAGAGAUUAUCGUCAACUGGAUUGCACCAGAUGUGGGCAACAUUGAAUUCAGAGCUACUUUUGUGCAAACAUUUACAAGAUUAUGGACAGGAGUGACAUCCCAGAACAUCCAAAGAUCUGGCACCACUGUGGCUCCGCAGAUUACCACUGUGGCUCCGCAGAUUACCACUGUGGUUCCGCAGAUUACCACUGCCUCAUCCACUUCCUCUCGGAGUCGGGCAAGCAGCUCAAUGCCUGCUGCCGGAUCAAAUGUGGAUGCAUUCUCGAGAGAUGAAUGUGGGAGUACUAAAUUUUGCUUCAUUAACCCUGAGCAAUGCAAUCCAGCUUCGGAUCAAAGCUGUUUCUUCAUGUCCUCCACUCAACUAAAUAACCAAGGAUUGCUUUUUGAAAUAAGUGGAAUGGCAAGCGGUUACAUCGCCAUUGGUUUCUCUGAUGACCAAACAAUGGGCAAUGAUGAUAUAUACAUUUGUGGCAUGGAUGACAGUGGAAGUAUACAAGUUCGUCGUGCCUAUUCCACGGGGAGAUCACGUCCUCAAAGUCGGGAGCUGGGUCAAGUGAAUAAUAUAACUGUGGCGAAUACCAAUGGAAUUAUUCAAUGCUCAUUUGUCACAAGAAACAAUAUUUCAACAGCCCAAAGAGCUGCCAACAACAUGCACUACUUAUUUUUUGCUUUUGGGUCUUCAAAUGGCGGGCUAAUAAACCGGCAUGAAAGAACAUUUAUUUCCUCGGAGAAAGUAAAUGUUGGAGAUGUACAGUCGACCUCUGGGAGCAGUGGCAGGCCUAUCCUCAUCAAGACCCAUGGUGCACUGAUGUUAAUCGCGUGGAUGACAACUGGGAGCAUUGGCAUGCUGAUUGCUCAGUAUUUUAAAUGUAUUGGAGGUGAAAGCAAAUUUUUGGGCAAAGCCUGGUGGUUUCAGUUGCAUUUUCCUCUGAUGACGCUGACUGUUGCAUUGACAAUAAUUGGCUUUGUGCUGGUAUUCGUCCAAGUGAAAGGUUGGAGUUAUAGUGCAGGGGCGCACCCCGUGUUGGGAUGUAUUGUAAUGAUACUUGCACUAAUCCAACCUUUUGUUGCCAUCUUUCGUCCUUCUCCAGAUCACAAGAGGCGGUGGAUAUUCAAAUAUUUUCAUGCUAUACUGGCUAAUGUGAUCAAGCCUCUUGCAGUGGCAGCACUAUUCCUCGGCCUUCUACUAAUAAAUGUGGCACCUGAUAAAUGGCCAGUAAAGGUCUUGGGUGGAUUUGUCGGAUGGGACUUGCUUGCCCAUAUUGUGCUUAUCCUGCUUUCCAUUUUUUGGAGAAAAGAUUGCACCACAGAGAAACCGAUGUUCCCCUUCUUUAUCGUAUUCGGUGUGUACUUGUGUGGAAAUUUGGCAUUUCUGAUAGCUAUCUUAGUGGGGAUUGGGCAAACAUAAAAUAUCCAUUUGCAGUGGAGAAGGUGAUGGAUCAAUCAGUUCGGCAUCAACAUAUCACAUGAAAUAAGGGCUUCAACAUGAAUUAUCUCCCUGCAAAAACUUUAUUUUUAAAGCUGAUGGUUGUUCGUACAAAGGAUUGUUUAUGGCUGCAGAUAAUUAGUCUACCAAGAUUCUACAGUUUGUUGAUGAAUUCUUACCUUUGAAGAUGAAGAAAAUAUUUAAUUAUGGGUUUCCAGUAAAUCACCCAUGUUUUUUGUAUAUUCUGUGUGUUGCAUAUAAGCAAUUAUUACAUCUAUUUGCAUUUAUGUCAUGUUUCUACAAGAUGGUAGUGAUUCCAUGGGAGGAACCUGGUGUAAGUGUUCCUGAAGCAAGUUCCAACAACAUGACCAGCAGAAAUUAGUAAGGGGAGGGGGGGGGGAAACAACGUAAUAUCACGGCCCCUGAUGAGUUGGUUAGUAAGUUCACUGUCUAAUGAAGCUAAAACAAUGUAAAUUACUUAAUCUAAAUAUUUAUUGGGUUUUUAAGCACCAAUUUUCCAUCACGGUGGAGAGUGAAGCUCCUUAAACCAACUUGGCCUUGUUUGUGAAGCUACUUUUAACAUGAGCAAAGCCUCCUAGUCUUUAGUCGAGCAAUCACUCUUUCUUGGGAGGAUGAGUUACAAUGGAAUAAUUGAGUAACAGUUCAUUGGUACUUUUGCAUUCAAUAUUAAUAACUGAUUAUUAUAAAUAAUGUUUACUCAGGAACAUUUAACUGGAUUGUGUAUCUUUUGCACCAAAAUGUUAUUAACAGACUGCCUGAAAUAACUGAAAUCAAACAUUAUAUUGGAUUAUCUUGUUAUUUUCACUGUUUAUAACUAAAAGUUUUCAUAUUAUUA